CAUCGAGAAUCUUGCGGAAACGGUGGAAACUGUUUCUCAGGAGGGUUCAUAUGCAGACGCAAAAGAUUAUUCUAUUAAGAACACCGCUGCUGGGUUCCAGAGGAAAACACGGGAUGUGACUAGGACACGAAACACAAGCCUUUCAUCCAACUCAGUGGGAAGUUUCCUCUUCCUUAAUUCUAAGGUUUUCUUAUCCACCGGAGAGCAGCUCAUACUGUAGCGUCGGGAAAUUUAAACCAGUAUAUUAUAUAAACUACGGAAGAGGACGGAGAGGAGCGGGACUUUAUCCUUUAUCUGUGUUUCUCAGGGGAGUUUGCAUCAAUGGCAAUGGCAAGAAAUUUAAUUAGGGAAAAUGGAACUUUUUUGAGGAGGGUGGAGAAAACCACGUGGUCGCCACAAAAUGGGAUUACAUCGAGAAGGCAGCACUCAUGCUGUUCCGGCCUAAAAAUGUUUCUUGUAGCUUUGUCCUUUGCAUACUUUUCAAAGGCUUUAACUGGGAGCUAUAUGAAAAGCACAAUAACUCAGCUGGAGCGGCGCUUUGACAUCCCCAGUUACUUAAUAGGCAUCAUUGAUGGCAGCUUUGAAAUUGGUAACUUGCUGGUUAUUGCCUUCGUCAGUUACUUUGGUGCCAAGCUUCAUCGACCAAAAAUUAUUGCCACUGGGUGUCUGCUGAUGUCACUGGGAACAUUCAUAAUUGCACUCCCUCAUUUUAUUGUUGGAAGAUAUAAGUAUGAGACAUCAGUUAGAUCUUCAGUGAACUCAACACAUAACAUCACGCCUUGUCCAGCCAGUCCACCUAGAAUGCUGUCUGUGGGUAACCACCCUUCUACAGUUUUAAACACAGGCUGUGAGAACGAGUCCAACUUAUCUAUGUGGAUCUAUGUGUUACUGGGGAACAUCUUGCGGGGAAUUGGUGAAACUCCCGUACAGCCAUUGGGAAUUUCAUACAUAGAUGAUCAUGCAAUGGAGGAUAAUGCUGCCUUCUACAUUGGAUUUGUUCAGACAAUAUCAGUCAUUGGCCCAGUGUUUGGCUACCUCCUUGGAUCACUUUGUGCAAAGUUGUAUGUGGACAUUGGAUUUGUCAAUAUGGAUGUGUGUGAGGUCCUCCCAGCUGCAGGGACAGGUGCUGCCUACAGGAGGAUUAAAAAGGGUAUUACAAUCACACCAGGAGAUGCACGCUGGGUGGGUGCAUGGUGGCUGGGCUACCUCAUAGCAGGGUUCAUCACACUGCUGUCAGCUGUGCCUUUAUGGUUCAUGCCCAAGUCUCUCCCUGUGUUAGAGGGUCAGUUGUCCAAAUGCUCCAACAAGGAAACCAACUUUAUCAAAGACUCACAUGUUGUGCACAACAAAUGCCUGGCAGCUGAGGCCACCAGCUUUGUAGAAUUGGCCAAAGACUUUUUGCCAGCGUUGAGAUCACUCCUGGGGAACCCUGUCUACAUUUUGUACCUCUGCAUUACGAUUAUCCAAUUUAAUUCUUUAAUAGGCAUGGUUACAUAUAAACCAAAAUACAUAGAGCAGCAUUAUGGCCAAUCAGCAUCCCAAGCCAACUUUUUGAUGGGAAUGAUCAACAUCCCAGCUGUUGCCUUAGGAAUGUUUUCAGGGGGAGUGCUUAUGAAGAAGUUCAAGCUGGGCAUCAUGGGAGCCGCCAAGUUUGCACUGGGAACAUCUCUACUGGGCUACUUCCUCUCUCUUUUCUUCUUUGCUUUAGGUUGUGAGAAUGCCAAAGUGGCUGGUAUUACUGUGUCAUAUGAUGGGAUAGAGAAUGUCUCCAUUGAGGAGCACUCACUAUUUGUGAGCUGUAAUGCAGACUGUUUGUGCUCUGAAACUAAAUGGGACCCAGUGUGUGGUGAUAAUGGUCUCACAUAUGUCUCUGCGUGUCUUGCUGGGUGCCGGAUGUCUCGUGGCUCUGGCAUAGACAUGACAUAUGAGCAGUGCAGCUGUGUGGCAGGGGGAAAUCUUACUGCCAGUGUGGGGCAGUGCAGACACAGGGAGAGCUGCCAACAAGUAUUCCCCUAUUUCUUGGCUUUGUCUGUCAUUACAUCCUUUAUCAUCUCUCUGGGUGGAACACCAGGAUACAUGCUAUUAAUCAGAUGUAUCAAGCAAGAGCUGAAGUCCCUUGCUUUAGGAUUUCACACACUGACAACACGCACUCUAGCUGGCAUCCCAGCUCCAAUAUACUAUGGAGCAAUCAUUGACAUCACAUGUCUGAAAUGGGGCCACAAGAAGUGUGGAGGAAAAGGAGCAUGUAGAAUCUACAACACUACUGCCUACAGGGUAGCAUAUCUUGGCCUAACGUUGGGCCUCAGGACAGCUUCCUUCUUCUUCUGUGUGCUGGGUUUGCUGAUCUUACAGAGGCAUGUUAAGAAGCAAAAGAGCAGAACACUUUCUAAUGGAAGCACUGCCACAGAACUGCAAGCUCUGAGAAAAGAGGAAAUAAGCAACUUUGAUCAGUCUCCACGCACCUCAGAUUAUAACCCUGAGAGAGAGACACGCUUGUGACGAGCAUAAACAAAUCUGCUGAACAAUGUGAAGUACAGAAUAUUUUUAUUCUGACAUUGGAAAAAGUCACUGAAUGUACAUGUUUGUAGGUAUAAACAAAUUGUGGUAAAGAUUACUUUUUAACAUGAAA